UAUACAAAUAGAGCGCCAAAUGGAUAUAUUUUUCAAGAUUUUCGGUCAUGCGCGAGCUGCCCGGGUACCAAUACACGUUUCGUUGUGAUCGGGUACACACAUUCAUAAUCGCCGACUAUCAGUACUUGGAAAAUCACGGACACAGGCAAAGAAAAUCACGCACACUUCCACCCAAUCUCUGUUGUACACUGUGUAAGUAUGGGGGUUUCACGCACACUAGCACAGCGUCAACCCUGCGAUGCUGUAUACAUUAGUCUCCUUCUGGGUACCGUGUCGCAGGGACGUGUAUUUGAUCACCAUUGUAUGACGUUCGGGAGUGUAACGAUGUGAACUUGGUAUCAUAAGAGUUAACUCGAGUGUUAAGCCUUUCACAAGUUUGUAUGGAUAGUGGAUGUUUCAAACUUUUUCAGUGUAUUUAUGUGGAGUGUUGAUACAGCUGUGUGAAAUUUUAAAGGAAAUGAAAUCGCCAUUCUGUGGAUAAAUUAGUAGAGAAUGCACCCAAAACGCGAUAGGCACGGCAUCGAAGUCGGACACAACAAAUGGAGGAUGAGUUGAGCCAUGGGUGCUAUGUGGCGGACGUUGGAAAUGCCGGUCUGGCGCGUCAGCUACAGGCUCGAGAUUGGACUCGUAGUCAUAGUCAUCAUGGUGCUUGGAUUCUUUAAUGAAAGUCAAGGAACAGCGCACUACGGCGAGGACAGCGUGGGCUCGUUCCCGUACUUCGAGUAUAACGUGCCACGCAACGUCACUACCGUGGUCGGGCAAACUGCCUUCUUGCACUGCAGGGUGGAGCAGCUUGGAGAUAAGGCGGUAUCAUGGAUAAGAAAAAGAGACCUCCAUAUACUUACAGCUGGGAUAUUAACGUACACAUCAGACCAGAGGUUUCAAGUGAUAAGACCGGACAAAUCCGAGAACUGGACGCUACAGAUCAAGUUCCCGCAGGAGCGGGACGCGGGCAUUUAUGAAUGCCAGGUCAACACGGAGCCUAAGAUGUCACUGGCUUUUCAGCUCAAUGUUGUAGAAGCCAAGGCUCGCGUGCUGGGUCCGGCCGACCUGUACGUGAAGACGGGCAGCUCGCUCAAGCUGACCUGCGUCUUGAGUCAGGGUCCGCAUGACCUCGGCACCAUAUUUUGGUAUAAGGGAUCAAAACUAAUAGAGUUUAAGGAAGUAGAAGCGAACGAAAUCAUAGAAGAGCCGCGAGUCCGGUUGAAGACCGAGUGGACGGAGCAACUGACGUCUCGGCUGAUAAUUGAGAAGCUGUUACCGGGCGACAGCGGGAACUACAGCUGUGUGCCGACGAUGGCUGAGGCGGCUUCAGUUAAUGUUCAUGUCAUUAAUGGAGAACACCCAGCUGCAAUGCAACACGGGAACGCCAAUACAGCAUCACCUUGUGCUCUGUCAGUAAACCUCCUCAUCUCACUGUACUGCACUCUGGCCACCCUGUACACCAACACAGUGGAGGGCUUCAGGUGAAAAUUAGAACAGCUUAAACAAAUGUUUGAGCAAAUGUUUGAACAAUUUGUAAAUGUACUAAAUUUUAUGGAUUGAAUUUUAUGUCUUGAUAGUUGUAAAAAAUUAAUGGUGUAAAUGUAAAGUAGAAUUUUAUUGUAUAAAGCUUUAUAAUAUGAAUUGGUACAUAUGUUUUCUGACGUACAAUAUCUCACUUAAUAUCAGUUUACAAUAAUUGUUUCAUAAUAGAAUUUAACAAACUUUUCCAAGGUUGAAGAUUUUUACAUAAUUUUGAUAUUUUAAAGCAUAAAGCAAGCCUAUAAAAGAUGUUAGAAAAGUAAUUAAAUAAUAAUGACAUGAGUACCUACCCUUUUUACACUAAAGCUUUAGUUUCUUUAGCAUUCAUUAAAAUUGCGUAAGUGCUCAUUCAACCGUUUUAUGUGAGGAACGUCAGUUUGUCUACCUAAAUUAUCACAAAGUUGUUUUGAUACUAAACACUGAUGUUUUUUUCUCAUAAUAUACCGAUAAUGUAUACUGGCCAAAGAGCGAUUGACUUAAAUAAUAGUGUUUGAAAAAAUACCGAGUAAGCAAUCGUAGGUUGGUUAAUGGUUUUAAAAGAGUGUAAAGUCGUUACUGAUUUAUUAAGUACAAAUAAAUUUUGUACGUAUUUUAGUUACACUAAUUUAACUAUCAUCAUCUUCCAUCAUCUCAUCUUUUUCCAAGCACACUAUAUUCAAUUAUGAUCGUAAUUAUUGUAUUACACCUGAGUUGUUAUAAGCCGUUUUGAAUUACUAAUUAUCGUUACACACCACUUUUUACUACUAAAACAUGUAGACACAGUUCUUCACUUAUCGACACUACUAGCAGCAGCAAUAAACACGACUAAAGUACAUACUUUAAAUUAAAUAAAUAAGGAUAUCUCACGCACGAAAGUUGACUAGCACAUUUGGAAAAUACUGUAAGAUUUGAAAAUCAGUCUAAUUACUUUGUUCUAAAGUUUUAAAUGGUUUGACAUCGUAAUGUGCAUUUAAAACGAAGCUGAAAACGAUUUCAGCUCUUUGUAAACGAAGUAGGGUGAUAAAAGGGCCUUCUUAUUAAAAUGUAAAUAGACUAAUAAUUUUACGGUUAGAUAAUUUUUUUAAUGUUUCAUGUUUUGAGUGUUAUAAGAAAUAAUAUGUUAAAAUAUAGUAAAAUUAAAUAUCUUAUGUUUUUGCUUCUGAAUGAGGGGUCUGACCUCAUUUUACAGCUUUGAAAAAGAUUAAUACACUUAUUUUAUAUACCUACCUACAUAUCUAAAUUCCAAUCGAUGUUAUAAUGUAUUUUCCAACUGCAGUAGUACUUAUAAAGAGCCUCUCCAAACAUAGCCUACUUUAAGUGCAGGCACAUCAUAUAUCUUAUUACUUCAUUAAAACAAAUUGUUACUACAACAUAGCCUACUUUAGGUGCAGGCACAUCAACAAAACUGUACCCCAAUUUUGUUUCUUAGAUACUGCAAAGAUAUGCUUUAAUUGUAUGUUAUGUAAGAGCCAUAUGUUUUAAAUUUGAAGGGUAAAAAACGGAACAUAGCUGAGAUCUAUUAUAUAUCUUGAUGAUUUUAAGACCUAAUCAUGUGACAUUUCACACAGUACUUUAUCAUAGACAGCAGAAUAACUUAUUUUAAUAAAAAAAUGGUAGCAAUACCGGGCAUUAAUGCCUCUCUUAUUGAGUUUUCGAAAUCAAGUUCCAGAUUUAAUAGUAAAUUUUGUUAUCAAGUGAUGCUGAUGUAACAUGGUGUUCGUUUGAAUAUACAUUGAGAAUUAUUUAAUAAAAUUUUUAG